AUGUCUAGCGCAAACAGUAUCAAGGUGGUGGCCCGGUUCCGUCCACAGAACAAGGUGGAACUGGCAUCGGGCGGCCAGCCUAUUGUCACUUUUAAUGGCGAAGACACAUGUACCCUCGACUCGAAAGAGGCGCAGGGCUCUUUCACCUUCGACCGAGUCUUCGAUAUGGAAUGCAAGCAGUCCGAUAUUUUCGACUUUUCUAUCCGUUCCACUGUCGACGAUAUCCUCAACGGUUACAAUGGAACGGUCUUCGCCUACGGUCAGACGGGUGCCGGAAAGUCUUACACCAUGAUGGGCUCCAGCAUCGACGACGAGGAGGGCCGCGGUGUUAUCCCCCGUAUCAUCGAGCAGAUCUUCGCCAGUAUCAUGUCUAGCCCCAGCACUAUCGAGUACACAGUACGAGUCAGCUAUAUGGAAAUCUACAUGGAGAGGAUUCGCGACCUGUUGGCGCCCCAGAACGACAAUCUUCCCGUCCACGAGGAGAAGAACCGCGGUGUCUACGUCAAGGGUCUCCUGGAGGUCUAUGUCUCCAGCGUCCAGGAGGUCUACGAGGUCAUGAGAAGAGGUGGAAAUGCCCGUGCCGUCGCUGCAACCAACAUGAAUCAGGAAUCUUCUCGUUCGCAUUCCAUCUUCGUCGUCACUAUCACCCAGAAAAACGUCGAGACAGGAUCGGCAAAGAGUGGCCAGCUUUUCUUGGUCGAUUUGGCCGGUAGCGAAAAAGUUGGAAAGACAGGAGCCAGUGGUCAGACGCUCGAGGAGGCCAAGAAGAUCAACAAGAGUUUGAGUGCUCUCGGAAUGGUCAUCAACGCCCUGACCGACGGCAGAUCCUCUCACGUUCCCUACCGAGACUCUAAGUUGACCCGUAUCUUGCAAGAAUCCCUUGGCGGUAACAGUCGAACAACACUCAUCAUCAACUGUUCGCCCAGUAGUUACAACGACGCUGAAACCCUUAGCACCCUACGAUUCGGUACUCGUGCGAAGGCGAUCAAGAACAAGGCCAAGGUCAAUGCUGAGCUUAGUCCUGCCGAGCUCAAGGCCUUGCUUGGCAAGGCCAGAGGCCAAAUCGCGACCUUUGAGACCUACCUCUCGAGCCUGGAGGGCGAGGUUCAGAUGUGGCGUGCUGGUGAAUCUGUUCCCAAAGACAGAUGGGUGGCCCCCUUAUCUGCAGACGGUGUCACAGGAGCCAAGGCAGAAGCAAGAGCACACCGUCCAUCGACACCUUCCCGCUUGCUGCCCGAAAGCAGAUCAGAGACACCCGCAAUCUCAGAGCGCUCAGGAACACCAAGUUUGCCUCUGGACAAGGACGAACGAGACGAGUUCUUGCGUCGCGAGAACGAGCUUCAGGACCAACUGGCCGAAAAGGAGAGCCAGUACAACACUACAGACAAGGUGCUCCGUGAGACCAAGGAGGAGCUCGCCUAUCUUAAGGAGCACGACGCCAAGACGGGCAAGGAGAAUGAGAAACUCCACGCCGAGGUGAACGAGGUCAAGAUGCAGCUUGAGCGCCUGAGCUUCGAGGGCAAAGAGGCACAGAUCACCAUGGACGCACUCAAGGAGCAGAACGCCGAGCUGACAACAGAGCUUGAUGAGGUCAAGCAGCAACUUCUCGACGUGAAGAUGAGCGCCAAGGAGACGAGCGCGGUUCUGGACGAGAAAGAAAAGAAGAAGGCUGAGAAAAUGGCCAAGAUGAUGGCCGGGUUCGAUCUCGGCGCCGAUGUGUUCAGCGACAACGAAAAGGCCAUCGCGGAGGCCAUUGCCCAACUGGAGGCUCUGCACGAGAUCAGCUCUACCGGCGAAGUCGUCAACCCUGACGAGCUUGAGGCGCUCAAGACGCGUUUCGUCGAGAUCCAAGGAAUCGUGAGACAAGCCGAGCUGUCCGUCUACAGCGCCUCCUCCACCGAGGCAGACGCUCGCCGCAGAGCCGAGCUCGAGGACCGCCUUCAGUCUCUCCAGCAAGAGUAUGAGGAGCUUCUUACCCGCAACCUGAGCGAGAACGACGUCGAGGAGAUCAAGUCUCGCUUGGAGAGCGCCUACUCCAACAAGCAGACCACCUCCAUGGAGCUCGUGGACGAGCUGAAGGCCGAGAUCGUGCAGAAGGCUGCCGAGAACUCGAAGAUGAAGGCCCUCAUCGAGGACCUCCAGCAAAGAGUCAAGGCCGGCACUGCCGCACCAAUGGCCAACGGCAAGUCCAUCCAGCAACAGAUUGCUGAGUUCGAUAUCAUGAAGAAGAGCCUCAUGCGCGACCUUCAGAACCGUUGUGAGCGUGUGGUUGAGCUUGAGAUCUCGCUUGACGAGACGAGAGAGCAAUAUAACAACGUGCUCCGGUCAUCCAACAACCGGGCGCAGCAGAAGAAGAUGGCCUUCCUCGAGAGGAACCUCGAGCAGCUGACUCAGGUUCAGCGCCAGCUCGUCGAGCAGAACUCGGCGCUCAAGAAGGAGGUUGCCAUUGCUGAGCGCAAGCUCAUUGCUCGCAACGAGCGCAUCCAGAGCCUCGAGAGCCUGCUACAGGAUAGCCAGGAGAAGAUGGCCUCUGCAAACCACAAGUUUGAAGUCCAGCUCGCUGCUGUCAAGGAGAGGCUGGAGGCUGCCAAGGCUGGCAGCACCCGCGGCCUGAACUCUCCCUCGCUUGGCGGCUUCAGCUUCACCAACGCCGGCAGCCGUAUUGCCAAGCCUCUCCGUGGCGGUGGUGGUGACAACCAGGGACCUUCCAUUCCCGUUAUCAGCAGUAUUCAGCAAAACGAGGGCGGUGCUGGCAAGCGCAGCAGUUGGUUCUUCUCCCAGAAGUCUUAA